AUCACAUGACCAAGUUCACAAAAAAUGGCUUCACCCUGGUAAAAUCUCUUAUAGCGGGCAUGGCUCUGUUCCUGUGGAGGUUUGGAGCGUUUCUGAGUGUUGUAUUGUACCCGGUACCGCUCACUGUAAGCGGGUCAGAUGUUGGAGCGGGUCCGGACUGCGGCUGCAGCGCUCUGAACCGGGAAACGAGCGAGGGAAAAGGCACAGUGUGUGAAAAUCCAGCCGAUAAAUACACUGAAACAACCAAUGGAAACCCUUCUCAAGAGCAUGAAUAUGACUUGCUCAGCAAGAUGGUGCAGCUGGAAGGUGGCUUUUUCCUGAUGGGUACAGAUGGUCCAGGGAUACCACAGGAUGGGGAGGCUCCUCAGAGGAGGGUGUGGAUUGACACUUUUCUCAUUGAAGAGCAUGAGGUCAACAAUAAGCAGUUUCAACGCUUCAUUAACCAAACAGGCCACAUUACAGAGGCUGAGCGAUUUGGAGAUUCGUUUGUGUUUGAGGGACUGCUGAGCGAAGAAAUCAAGAAUACUCUGACCCAAGCGGUUGCUGCUGCUCCCUGGUGGUCACCAGUGAAGGGAGCAGACUGGAGACAUCCAGAGGGCCCAGAUUCAACCAUAUCCAACAGGAUGGAUCACCCUGUACUACACGUUUCAUGGGCAGAUGCUCAAGCCUACUGUCAGUGGGCUCAGCGCAGGCUGCCCACAGAAGCUGAGUGGGAGUUGGCCUGCAGGGGUGGUCUGGAGGACAAGUUGUAUCCAUGGGGGAAUAAGCUGAUGCCCAGAGAAGAGCACUAUGCAAACCUGUGGCAGGGAGAGUUCCCCAAUGUGAACACAGCGGAGGAUGGAUAUUUAAACACAUCACCAGUGAUGUCAUUUCCCGCAAAUGGCUUUGGUCUGUAUGACAUGGUGGGGAAUGCCUGGGAGUGGACAGCAGACUGGUGGAACGUUCACCACACCAGAGAUGAAGCUCGCAACCCGAAGGGACCAGAAAAGGGAACAGAUAAAGUGAAGAAAGGAGGUUCCUAUAUGUGCCACAAGUCAUACUGUUACAGGUACCGGUGUGCUGCCCGUAGCCAGAACACUCCUGACAGCUCCGCGUCUAACCUAGGCUUCCGCUGUGCAGCUGACUCAAAACUAUGACCUCUGACCUAGACUGAACCUGCCUCACUGUUUUCCACACUGUCAUGUCACUUGAAUUUGACUGGGGGGCCAUUUUUGCUAUGUUAUAAUAUUGUGUUUUUAUCUAAAUAAACAUUUAAAAUGUCGUA